CAGAGACGGAAACUACCAGGGAAGGCAGAAGAGGAAACAAAACCACAGCAAGAAGAACAAGAAAGUAAAGAGUGUGUGUUUGGAUUGUCCUUGUUUAUAAGGAGCAAGUUGUUUUGUUUUAUGGUAAAGUGGAUUUUUUUAGAUCAUUUCGAGACUUUUAUAGGUACUUUUAGAGUUUGUUUAUCUACCUUUCUGGCACUUCAAAGGUGAGAGUGAGAGAAGUGGGACAGUCAGAGCAAUGGGAGGAGCUGCAGGGUUCACCAUGUAUGGAAUCCAGCUCUGUUCACAUGGUAAAUAGAGGGUCACAUGGGGCCAUAGUCUUGCACAGUGGGGGGAAACGGGAGGGAAAGGAACAAGGAGAGAGUGAAGAGAUACUCUGCAGGACUUUGGCCUGCCUCAUGUGCAAGAGGCAGCACUUUCAACCUGAGUUAAGAGGACACUAGAUCCCACUACAAAGAGGAAUGAACGAAAGAUUUAAGAUUGCCAUGUUGAGGUCAAACUAAAACUUUGCCUCUACUGGGCCUGGAUUUGACUUCCUUUGGAUACUUUUCCUCUUCCCUGUGGGGGUGAAAGUUCAACAACUAAUGCAAUCUUGGUAGAUGUAACUGAACACCCCUUACAUACUUUAUUCCAUACGAUUGAAGAGCCAAGAUGCCCAUCAACUUUACAGUAGUACCAGUGGAGGAUGCAGAGGGUGACAGCAACAGUGCGGCUGCAGCUGGAAGCAGCAAACCUGUCAGUUUGGGCAACAUUUUUGCGAAGGAAGAUGACGAAGACAACUUACAAGGACCUCACUCGGGUGAUAACAGUCAAAAAGAGUCCACUCCCUUCAUCAACUCAGACGAUGACGGAGAACAAUAUUAUGAUGGAAAGAACAUGGCCCUGUUUGAGGAGGAAAUGGAGAGUAAUCCCAUGGUAUCAUCUCUUCUCAGCAGGCUGGCCAACUACACCAACCUGACCCAGGGUGUUCGGGAGCACGAGGAGUACGAUAACGAGGAUGGGGUCAGGAGGGUCGCGGACACGGUCCCUCAAAUGGGAACUUUCAUUGGAGUUUACCUGCCCUGCAUGCAGAACAUCCUGGGCGUGAUUCUCUUUCUGCGUCUCACCUGGAUCGUCGGCACCGCAGGAAUUCUAGGAUCCUUCGCCAUCGUCUCCAUGUGUUGCAUCUGUACCUUGCUUACGGCCAUAUCAAUGAGCGCCAUAGCAACCAAUGGAGUUGUCCCAGCCGGUGGCUCGUACUAUAUGAUCUCCAGAUCGUUGGGUCCAGAGUUUGGAGGGGCUGUGGGUCUCUGUUUCUAUCUGGGAACCACCUUCGCUGGAUCUAUGUACAUACUGGGCACCAUAGAGAUUCUGCUGACAUACAUUAUUCCAACAGCAACGGUGUUUAAAGAGGGCGAAAGUGCAGCGAUGUCCAACAACAUGCGUGUCUACGGCACGUGCUGCCUGCUCCUCAUGGCUCUGGUAGUGUUUGUCGGAGUGAAGUAUGUGAACAAACUGGCCCUGGUGUUUCUGGCCUGUGUCAUUCUUUCCAUCAUGGCCACUUAUGCAGGAGUCAUCAAGACAUUAAUCGAACCACCAGAGUUCAACGUCUGUCUGCUUGGAAACCGAUCUCUGAAGAACGAAAUGAUUGAAACAUGCGCCAAGACCGAGGUUAUUAAAAACAACACGGUGAUCACUAAGGUGUGGAGCCUCUUCUGUGAUAGUGAAUAUUCAAACGCGACCUGUGACGAAUACUUCAUCUUAAACAACCUGACGGAGCUACGGGCCAUACCCGGGCUCCUGAGCGGAGUCAUUAAAGACAACCUGUGGGGCGACUAUGGGCCAGCUGGUACGUACAUAGAGAAGAAAAGCCAGCCUUCCAUAGAGGAAACCCAGGACACCUCCGAUGAUGUGUAUAAGCCCUACGUCUUCAAUGACAUCAGCACCUACUUCACUCUGCUGGUGGGAAUAUACUUCCCCUCUGUGACAGGUAUAAUGGCUGGUUCUAACCGGUCUGGUGAUCUCAGAGAUGCUCAGAGGUCCAUCCCAAUCGGAACCAUUAUGGCUAUUCUCACCACCUCUUUCAUCUACAUCUCCUGUGUGGUCUUGUUUGGAGCCUGUAUUGAAGGAGUGGUGCUGAGAGACAAGUUUGGUUACUCCGUUAAGAAGAACCCAGUGAUUGGCAUUCUGGCCUGGCCGUCACCCUGGGUGAUUGUGAUUGGCUCGUUUUUCUCCUGCUGUGGGGCGGGGCUUCAGAGCCUCACCGGCGCCCCCCGUCUGCUGCAGGCCAUCGCUCGGGACGGCAUCAUCCCGUUCUUACAGGUCUUUGGUCAUGGGAAGGCUAAUGGGGAGCCCACCUGGGCUCUGCUGCUGACCGUUGGGAUCUGUGAGAUAGGAAUCCUCAUCGCCUCUCUGGAUGCUGUGGCCCCCAUCCUCUCCAUGUUCUUCCUAAUGUGCUACCUGUUUGUGAACCUGGCCUGUGCUGUUCAGACUUUGCUCCGGACCCCCAACUGGAGACCUCGCUUCAAGUUCUAUCACUGGACCCUGUCCUUCUUAGGGAUGAGUCUGUGUCUCUCCCUCAUGUUCAUCUCCUCCUGGUACUACGCCCUGGUUGCCAUGGUGAUAGCCGGCUGUAUCUAUAAGUACAUUGAGUACAGAGGGGCGGUGAAGGAAUGGGGGGACGGGAUCAGAGGUCUGUCCUUGAAUGCAGCGCGAUACGCUCUCAUCCGGCUAGAGGAAGUACCACUACACACCAAAAAUUGGAGGCCCCAGCUGUUGGUGUUGUGUAAAUUGGAUUCCGACCUGACGGUGAAGCACCCUCGUCUUAUGUCCUUCACCACGCAGCUGAAAGCUGGAAAAGGACUGACCAUCGUGUGCUCUGUGCUGAAGGGAACCUUCAUGACCCGGGGGAACGAAGCCAAGACUGGAGAGCAGAACCUGAAAGCAACGAUGGCUGUGGAGAAGAUGAAGGGUUUCUCCCAUGUGGUGGUGUCGUCCAACCUGAGAGACGGUUUCUCCCUUCUCAUCCAGUCAGCCGGCCUGGGAGGAAUGAAACACAACGCUGUGCUGAUGGCCUGGCCCACAGGCUGGACGCAAGCCCGGGACCCCUCUGCAAGGAGGAACUUCAUAGAAACUGUAAGAGAGACCACGUCAGCUCAUCUGGCUCUGAUGGUUGCCAAGAACAUCGACCAUUUCCCUAGCAACCAGGAGCGUCUGAAGGAGGGAACCAUUGAUGUGUGGUGGAUCGUUCAUGACGGAGGACUCCUCAUGCUGCUGCCAUUUUUACUCAGUCAACACAAGGUAUGGAGGAAGUGUAAAAUGCGUAUUUUCACGGUGGCCCAGAUGGACGACAACUCCAUCCAGAUGAAAAAAGACCUCCAGAUGUUUCUGUACCACCUACGCCUGGAUGCAGAGGUGGAGGUGGUGGAAAUGCAUGAGAGUGACAUCUCCGCUUUCACCUAUGAGAAGACGCUGGUGAUGGAGCAGCGGUCUCAGAUGCUGAAACAGAUGCAGCUGUCCCGCACUGAGAGGGAGAGAGAGGCCCAGUUGAUCCACGACCGCAACACAUCGUCUCAUGCUGCAAUGAGCGACAAACCUGCAGGUGCCCCCCCAGAUCGGGUCCACAUGACCUGGACCAAAGACAAACUGAUCAACGAGAGGAACAGACAACGAGAGAGCAUGGGAGUUAAGGACAUUUUCAACAUGAAACCAGAGUGGGAAAACCUCAACCAGUCCAACGUACGGAGGAUGCACACGGCUGUGAAGCUGAACGGUGUGGUGCUCAAGAAAUCCAAAGAUUCCCAGCUGGUGUUGCUAAACAUGCCGGGCCCCCCGAAGAACAAGAAAGGGGACGAGAACUAUAUGGAGUUUCUGGAGGUCCUGAUGGACGGCCUAGACCGUGUCCUGUUGGUUCGUGGAGGCGGUCGGGAAGUCAUUACCAUCUACUCCUAGUACCCAGCUGUUCCUCAUUGUUUGAAAGGAAACUUUAAGGAAUGUAUGGACAGUAAGGUCCCAGAAGGAUCAAGGGGAAAUGGACAAAGAUGUCAGACAAAGGAAGGACAGUCCAUUCCUUCACAAGACAGAAAAGGAGGACCAUGGUCGGUGGGAAGAACAGGGGAGUGUAGCUGCAGCACAGCCUGAUCUCAGUUAAUCGUCUGGGGGCACAGCCGGCUUGCUACUCCCCCUUCUCUUGGGGCUUCAACAUAUUAUACACUCUAAAAGUGACAACUGUGGGGCGUACCUUCCUUCUCAGAAAAACUGUUUUGUGGAUGAGCUGUCAUUUUUCAUAAUUUUUUUGCAUUUCUCUGAUUGUGGUAGCUGGUUAGAACGAAUGAUGCUAACGUAGCUAACAUACAGUAGUGCCUUUAUUUAUUUCAAUGCUGUCGAUGAAACCUUUUAGUGAUCCCUGACAUUUUUUUAAGACAUUUUUACCGAAUACAAUGUUUGCCUCAAAUCACUGUAUCAGAAGUUUAAGCCCUUGAUUACUAUCAGGACAGUUUAAGGGCAAAUGUGGCGUUUUGAUUGUAAUCCAGAGAUUGUCUUGUCAACUGUUUGUGUUGUCACAGAAAACAUUAGUGUGUAAAAGGAUGAGAUAGUUUAGAUAGCAUUUAAGUUGAGUUCAUGUGUAUUUUAUUGACUUCUUGUAUUGGAGCAACGUUUUAAGGUCCAUAUGUAGGUUCAUGACAAUAUAGGAUGCAUUGAUAAGGGAGCUUUAUUAGGUUUUAUUCAUUUAAAAAAAAUAUAUAAGUCUGGAAGUCUCAUUUUGCAGCUUAGUGCAGUUUGCUCUUUUUGUGUCUGAUACACUUACAGCCAGUCAUGGAAUGCCUGUGAGAGAAACCGUACAUUAUGGUAUAAUAUCUCAGUCUGUCUCUGCUGUUGGUGUUUUGUUUAAAACAUACACCUUCAGACUGUAAAAGAAUAUGGCAGGAAGUCUAGCUGAGAAUAAAAUAUGUCAAAUGUCUGGCUGUGAAAACCCUGAAGACAGCAAUUACCCUGUAACAGCAUGAGGCAACUGAGCUUUGCAUAUUGGGCUGUAUUUGCAAUGAACAAAAAAUAGUAUAGCAAAAACAUUACAAAGAAAGUGGGCAAUUUUGCACCAAAUGCAUAUUAUCACAUUUAAAUAUGUGCCAAUAGCACAGGACAUAAAUUGGCCUCAGUCUUUUGUCUGCAUAAAACAGGGGCACCAAUGUGAUUUGUUGUUUCAUGUGCUCCUGUAAGGACUAAUUAUGAUGGUGCAACAUGAAAAAUAUCAAAAAAAGUUGUUGAUUUGUACUCAACACGCAGUCCGCUGUCUUUAAAUACAUUUAUUUUUAUUUCAUUCAAGAUUCCAGAUUUAAAAUAACAAGUCAAGUUCUUAAAGUUUCUGUGUGUUGUAAAGUUUUUAUUUUCAAGUAUAGGUCACCACUAUGAUAAGGUUGGAUUUAAUUCAGAGCUAAAACAAGUGCACAGUUGUCUUUGUGAUUAAAGGCUGAGAUAAAUAAGAAUAUUGCUUCAUUAAUACAAGGUCACUGUAUUCUCAGAAGUCAACAAUUACUUUUAUUGUGGGUGUUGUGAAAAGUAUUUUCUGCAUGUCUUAAUGUGAGUAAUACUUUUAGUUUUUUCUAGUUGAGUUAAUUUCUGUAUGUGUAGAAAUAACUUUUUUAACUCUUUGAAUACCCCUGGUCAUUUGACAAGAUAUGAGAUUCUGGAUUCUGCCAUUGAUUAUUUAGCAAAUUAACAGCAUCAACAAUAAACUAAAAUGUACAUAUUUAA